GCGCGCUGCUUGCCUUGGGCAGCCUGGUCUUAAGCGCCACGGGGGACCUGUCCCCAGCCUGUCCCGAUUGUGUGCCACUGUCUUCCUGUGCCCCCCUAGUGCCCUAGGAGGGGACAAGCCAGCAGGAGAAAGGAGAUGCUCAGACCAGAGAAGCACACUCCUCAAACCUUAGUGAGGGGGCUCAGGGAGGGAGUCCCUGCCUUCUCAGCUGUCCUGGAUGCAGUCAUUCAGGCUACAUACGUUUGUUCCCAGACCUUUCACUCAGGUGUGAAGCCAGGAUUUCCCAAAACAAUCAAUACCAACGACCCAGGAGUCCUCAAAGCAGCCAGAUACAGCGUUGAAAGGUUCAACAACUGCACGAAUGACAUCUUCUUGUUCAAGGAGUCCCAUGUCAGCAGAGCCCUGGUCCAGAUAGUGAAAGGCCUGAAAUACAUGCUGGACAUGGAAAUUGGCAGAACUACUUGCAAGAAAACCAAGCACCCCAGUCUGGACAACUGUGACUUCCAGACCAACCACACCUUGAAGAUGAUUCUCAGUUGCUACUCUGAAGUCUGGGUCAUCCCCUGGCUCCGGAGGUUCGAGGUGCCCGUUCUCCACUGUCACUGACUGCCUCUCAGCAAUACUACAGCUGCUGUCACUUUUGAAGUAGAGUCUCCCAGCAAGCAGAAUGGAAGUGCCCACGGGUUCAUUACAGAGUCACUGGGAUGGAAGCGUGACCAGCCCACAGUUAAAAUAAACACUUCGAAUACUCUUCCAAGCUAAUGCUACUGAUGCUGUGUGCCUGGAUUCAGAGCGUGGACACACAGGACUGAAUCCUCCAAUGGAAAUGUUGGGUUCUCAACUCCUGUAGGAGCCCCUCCCACCCAGGCCCUGGGUCCCGGAUGCCAGCCCGAGAUCUGUCCUUUCGUCCGAAUACUUGCAGCACUGGGCGAAGGGAUUCAGCUGCUAUUGAGCAUCUUGGCCUCUCAUGGAUGCAGUUAUAAAUAAACAUGAAUAAGAACUGA